UCGGCUCCGGGGAAACGUCAUACUGGCCCCGGGGCUCGCCGGCCCUCUGGGGUUUCCAAUGGCAUCUUAGAAGCGCGCACCCCCCGAAGCGAGCCGCUCUGCCCCCCUGCAGCUCUGCUGGAUCCAGGAGCCCCAAACCUUGCCCUCAGCGCUCUUCAGGUCCCCGUUUCUCUGUGUGAACCCACAUGGCUUUGUUACGAAAAAUUAACCACGUGCUGCUGUUCCUUCUGGUGGUGACCCUCUGUGGGAUUCUGUAUAAGAAGGUCCACAAAAGCGCAGUGCUCAAGAAGGAAGCAGACGAUGCUGCGGCCACUCCCGAGGAAGCGGAGGAGGAGAUUCCCGUGGUGAUCUGUGCGGCCGCGGGCAGGAUGGGCGCCGCCAUGGCCGCCAUCAACAGCAUCUACAGCAACACCGACGCCAACAUUCUGUUCUACAUAGUCGGGCUCCGGAACACGCUGUCUCGGAUACGAAAAUGGAUUGAACAUUCUAAACUGAGGGAGAUCAACUUUAAAAUCGUGGAAUUCAACCCGAUGGUCCUGAAAGGAAAGACGAGGCCGGACACCGCGAGGCCAGAGCUGCUGCAGCCCCUGAACUUUGUGCGAUUUUAUCUCCCGCUGCUCAUCCACCAACACGAGAAAGUCAUCUAUCUGGACGAUGAUGUCAUUGUUCAAGGCGAUAUCCAAGAGCUGUAUGAUACCACCUUGGCCCAGGGCCACGCGGCUGCUUUCUCGGAUGACUGUGAUCUGUCCUUGGCGCAGGACAUCAACAGACUGGUAGGCCUGCAGAACACGUACAUGGGCUACCUGGACUACAGGAAGAAGACCAUCAAGGAGCUCGGCAUCAGCCCCAGCACCUGCUCCUUCAACCCCGGGGUGAUGGUCGCCAACAUGACCGAGUGGAGGCAGCAGCGCAUUACCAAGCAGCUGGAGACGUGGAUGCAGAAGAACGUGGAGGAAAAUCUCUACAGCAGCUCCCUGGGAGGCGGGGUGGCCACGUCCCCGAUGCUGAUCGUGUUCCACGGGAAGCACUCGGCCAUCAACCCCCUGUGGCACAUCCGGCAUCUGGGCUGGAGUCCAGACACCAGGUACUCGGAACACUUUCUGCAGGAGGCCAAGCUACUCCACUGGAACGGAAGACACAAGCCUUGGGACUUCCCGAGUGUUCACAAUGACUUAUGGGAAAGCUGGUUUGUGCCCGACCCUGCAGGGAUAUUCAAACUCCGUCCCCGCAGCAGCUGACCGCUCCUGCCUUCCCAGCGCUCCUUGUAAAACCCGAACCACCCGGGUGGGCUGCCUGGGCCCCACUCCCAGGGACUCACAUCACCUCCAACACGCGGCCCAAUGACACCAAGCCAGUGUGUCAACUACCGUGGAGACGGGACUGCUGACGUCCUGAAGCACAAGCGCUCAUUAUAGACGUCCGGACAGGAGUCCGAAAGAAAGAAACCCAUCCAGGCAUCAGUAAUCACUCUGCUUAUGUCUGAAUGACAAUUAUACCCACACAUUAAAAAAAAUUUCUAAAUGUAUUUUUUUGUACAUAGGUAUUUUUUUUAACAGGCCAUCGAUCUUGUCUUUUGUAGAAUAAUACAUUACAUUUGGACUAUCUGAAAAG